AUGGCUAGCGUCCUCUCCAUAUCAUUACUUUCUGAGGCCGAAUAUGGCUGCGAGCAUCUGGCCACGCUAAUGGGGCAGGAUGUGAGCACUGCAGAGCAGUUCAAGAACGCUUUUAUCAAAGCGCAUAAUUCAUUAGGCCAUUUUCAGCGAGCGAUGGAUUCAUCGAAGCAGAACGGUCGUCUCAAAUCCAAAGAUUUUCUGAAACCAAAGUACAACUGUUUGACAUGCGGUGAAACGAUGCCGAUGGGCGGCCGAAAAGCCCAUACCGAGAAGACUAGCCAUCAAUUCUACAUGGAUUCGCGAGCCCGCACAGUAUAUUGCCAGGCUUGUGGAGAUUUCGUCUAUGACCAUGGCCUCGAACGACUUCGGUGCUCAACAACAGAAAGCGCUCUUCAAGUCGCCAAGAAACGUCGCUUCAGCGAUAGCUCUGCGGACGAGCUUUACAUUCGGAGCAAUGCUAGCAAGCGUCCUUGCGCUAAGCAAGGUGUCAGGGGCUUGUUCAACCUCGGGCAAACCUGCUAUCUCAAUGUCAUCCUUCAAACCCUCCUGCACGACCCAAUACUGAACACCUAUUUCCUUGGGAACGGUCAUCAGCCCCACGACUGCACUGCUUCUGACUGCGUAGGAUGUGCAGUUGCGGAGGCCUUCGCGGAUUUCAACAGCAGCGACAAACCGGAAGGGUUCGCAGCUCUCAAUCUUCUUCUAGCGUCAUGGCGUGCAAGCUCUACAUUAGCAGGUUAUCAACAACAAGACGCACACGAGUAUUACCAAUUCCUCGUCGACAAGCUUCACCUUAGUACCGAGAAUCACCGAGAAGGUCAUGAAAAGGGUUGUCCUUGCUUCUUUCACAAGACCUUCUACGGCAAGCUCCGAAGCAGCGUGACUUGCGAUAAGUGUGGCAACGUCACACGAACGGAUGAUCCUAUGGUGGAUCUCAGUCUCGAUGUUCAAGUGCAGGCGAAGAAACGCGCCAUGGGUGGCACAGGAGUUUCGUCGACGCCUACCCUGAGUGGAUGUCUGGAGAGCUACACGUCUCCGGAGAAACUAAUGGCAGGCGUGUACAACUGCAGUCACUGCGGCGGAACACCACAGAAGGCCACCAAACAACUGCGCAUUCGAAAAUUACCCGCCAUUCUGUGCAUGCAGCUAAAGCGCUUUGAACACACCUUUUCCGUCUCGGAGAAACUAGAAGGCAAAAUCGACUUUCCACUAUCGAUCAACAUGCUCCCUUAUACAACCUGCCCGCAGGCCAAAGUUGACAGGUCCAGAUUCGUAUAUGACCUCUCAUCUGCCGUAGUCCAUCAAGGCAAACUCGAUGCGGGGCAUUACUACGUCUACUGCCGCCAGGGCGAUGAUUGGGUACUCUUCAACGACGACAAAGUCACCGCUGUCACCGAGGCAGAAGUCCUCAACGCCGACGCGUAUCUCCUAUUCUACAAUCUUCGAUCACUGGCUUCUGCGCCGCAAAGAAGCUAG